UCGUAAAGGGAUAAAAGUGCAAAAAACACAAACAAAUGAAAAUAUAAAUAAAUAAAGAUGGGGCCCGCCCAACACGUCGCCAUCAAAUAAGCAUUGGACAGAAGAGAAGAGCUUCACACAGUUGCCCAGUAGCUGUUUUUUUCUCCUUCUCCCUCUCAGCAACUCUAAUAACCGGAGGAGGAUCUUCGAGGUUACUGAGCCCAUCUCUCUCUCUCACUCACACACACUCACGCAUCUGCUAUGUCGCUCUAUAUGUAGAUUUUAUGUAUGUAUUGAGCUGAGUUGAUCUAGGGUUUUGGGGUAAGGUAGGAUCUGGACGCUGAUGGCUUCGAAGCGUAUCUUGAAAGAGCUCAAGGAUCUUCAGAAAGAUCCUCCUACCUCGUGCAGCGCUGGACCAGUUGCUGAGGAUAUGUUUCACUGGCAAGCAACAAUUAUGGGUCCUCCUGACAGUCCCUACGCUGGUGGCGUGUUUCUUGUUACUAUUCAUUUCCCUCCAGAUUAUCCCUUUAAGCCACCUAAGGUACUCAAUGUGCUGUGAUUAAUUCUAGGAGAAUGUGGUAUUGACAUCCUCUUCCUAGCUAGAUUAAUGUCUUUUCUUUUUAAAUUUUGGUUGGAACUAUGGGGUAAACUAUACACAAUAUUGGCAAUAAGUUUGUCAAUAUAUCUGAAUCUCAUCAUCUUUAUAUUCGGUGCAGUAUAUUUCUGUAUUUUUUCUAAUUGGGUGGUUCGUUCAAAGAACUAACAGUUAUAUGUGUUAUUAUAUCAAUAUGUUUGGGAUCUGGGUAUAUAUUUUUUGGUAUGUGAUCGUAAGAUAUUGAUAUGUCAUUAAUAUGGUUAGAGUAAAUGCAUUUGGCCUUAUUUAUAUUUGAUCAUUUGAUGUUUGCAACCACUUUCUUGGAAUGUUAUUUUGAUGAAACCGAGUAGAAGUCUAAUGAUUAAAUUCACAAGUCAUGUGCCUUUAUGUUCCUUUGGUGUCCAAAACCUGGGGUGUUUAGAUUUGUGGAAUCAUCAGGGCAAAGAAGUGGCCUCUUCCCCGGCUUUGUUGGGGACUGCAUGAAAAAAAUCUGCCAGCAGAGGGUUCCCAAGCAGCUAUCUAAUUACUAGAGCUGCAACCCUUUUAUCUCUUGUCAUAGUCUCAAAAGGACCAUCCCGAAUAGAACGGCAAUAAAGGAGAAGUUGGAUAUGAUAUAUAUAUAUAUAUA